AUGGGCUACACUGAUUUGGACCAGUUGGCUAUCAACACCAUCCGUGUUCUCGCGGUUGAUGCCACCUCCAAGGCCAACUCGGGUCACCCCGGUGCCCCGAUGGGCAUGGCUCCCGUCUCCCACGUUCUGUUCAACAAGUUCAUGAGCUUCAACCCCCAGAAUCCCGACUGGGUCAACCGGGAUCGUUUCGUUCUCUCGAACGGUCACGGCUGCAUGCUGCAGUAUGCCUUGCUCCACCUGUUCGGCUACAAGCUCUCCAUGGACGACCUGAAGAGCUUCCGUCAACUCGACAGCAUCACCCCCGGCCACCCCGAGGCUCACGACACCCCCGGUAUUGAGGUCACCACGGGCCCUCUGGGUCAGGGUUUCUCCAACGCCGUCGGUCUGGCCAUUGCGCAGGCCCACUCGGCCGGUGUCUUCAACAAGCCCGGCUAUGAGCUCUUCAACAACUACACCUACACCUUCUUCGGUGAUGGCUGCGCCAUGGAGGGUAUUGCUAGCGAAGCUGCCAGUAUGGCUGGCCACUUGAAGCUGGGCAACCUGAUCGCCAUUUAUGACGACAACCACAUCUCCAUUGAUGGUGACACCAAGUGCGCCUUCACCGAGGACGUUAUCAAGCGCUUCGAGGCCUACGGCUGGCACACCGAGUGGGUCAAGGAUGGUGACAACGACCUCGAGGGUAUCGAGGCCGCCAUUCGCAAGUGCCAGCAGGUCACCGACAAGCCCUCGGUCAUUAAGCUGACCACCACUAUUGGCUUCGGCUCCAAGCUGCAGGGCACCGGCGGUGUCCACGGCAACCCCCUCAAGGCGGAUGACGCGCAGCACGUCAAGUCGCAGUUCGGUUUCGACCCCGAGCAGAGCUUCGUCGUGCCCCAGCAGGUGUACGACCUCUACCACAAGCACGCCGCUGAGGGUGCCGCCAAGGAGCAGGAGUGGAACCAGCUCUUCCAGAAGUACCAGGCCGAGCACGCUGCUGAGGGUGCCGACCUGGCUCGCCGUCUGUCCGGCAAGCUGCCCGAGGGCUGGGAGAAGAGCCUGCCUACCUACAAGUCGAGCGACCCCGCCGUCGCCUCCCGCAAGCUUUCGGAGGCUGUCCUCGAGAAGAUCCACGACGUUAUCCCCGAGUUGUUGUCGGGUUCCGCCGACCUGACGGGUUCCAACAACACCCGCUGGAAGAACGCUGUCGACUUCCAGCCCCCUCAGCUGGGUAUUGGCGAGUGGUCCGGCCGCUACAUCCGCUACGGUGUGCGCGAGCACGCCAUGGCCGCCGUGAUGAACGGUCUCGCUGCCUACGGUACCGUCAUCCCCGCCGGUGGUACUUUCCUGAACUUCGUGUCGUACGCUGCCGGGGCCGUCCGCCUGUCGGCUCUGUCUCGUGUCCGCGCCAUCCACAUCGCGACCCACGACUCGAUCGGUCUGGGUGAGGACGGCCCGACACACCAGCCCAUUGAGACGCUGGCGCACUUCCGUGCCCUGCCUAACUGCAUGGUCUGGCGCCCGGCCGACGGCAAUGAGACCAGCGCUGCCUACUACUCCGCCCUGACCGCCCGCCACACCCCCAGCAUUCUCGCCCUGACCCGCCAGAACCUUCCCCAGCUCGAGAAGUCGACCAUCGAGUCGGCCCUGAAGGGUGGUUACGUGGCCGUCGACGCCCCCAACGCCGCCGUCACCAUCGUCUCGACCGGUUCCGAGGUCAGCAUCUGUGUGGAGGCUGCUGAGUACCUGCAGAAGCAGCACGGUGUUGCUGCUCGUGUGGUUUCGAUCCCUUGCUUCGAGGUGUUCGACGCCCAGGACAAGGCCUACCGCCUGCAGGUUCUGCCGGACGGUAUCCCCGUGCUCUCGGUCGAGGUCUGCUCGACCAUGGGCUGGGAGCGGUACGCGCACGAGCAGUUCGGUCUCAACCGCUUCGGUGCCUCGGGCCCCUACAAGGAGGUGUACAAGAAAUUCGAGUUCACCCCCGAGGGCAUCAGCAAGCGUGCCAUCGCCACCAUCGAUUUCUACAAGGGUACGCCCGUGCGCUCACCCGUCAACCGUGCCUUCCAGCAGAUUCUGUAA